UGGCCACACAAUGCUGCCCAUUCGCUGGAUGCCUCCAGAGAGCAUCAUGUACAGGAAGUUCACCACAGAAAGUGAUGUCUGGAGCCUGGGUGUCGUGUUGUGGGAGAUCUUCACGUACGGCAAACAGCCCUGGUACCAGCUGUCCAACAACGAGGUGAUAGAAUGCAUCACUCAGGGCCGAGUCUUGCAGCGACCUAGAACGUGCCCCCAGGAGGUCUACGAGUUGAUGCUGGGGUGCUGGCAACGAGAGCCCCAUAUGAGGAAGAACAUCAAGGGCAUCCACACCCUCCUUCAGAACUUGGCCAAGGCAUCUCCAGUCUACCUGGAUAUUCUAGGCUAGGGCCCUUUCCCCCAGACCGAUCCUUCCCAAAGCACCUCCUCAGAUGGGCCGAGAGGAUGAACGUCUUUUAACUGCCGCUGGAUGCCAUCAAUCUGCUGUUCUUCACUCCGACAGUAUUAACAACAAAGACACCGAGAGGCUUUCAGAGGGAAGCCAUGUGCACUUCUCCAUCCAUAGACACAGUAUGAACUUCUUUUUGGCAUUGUCUCUUUCUCUCUUUCCACCUCCCUUGGUUUCUUCCCUAGUUUUUGUUUUCUCUUUUCUUCUUCCUUUUUUUUUUUUUUUUUGGUCUUUUUUCUUUUUUGGUCUUCCUUGCUUCAUAGCCCUUACCCCUUCUUUUGAAUCAAUCUGGCUUCUGCAUUACUAUUAACUCUGCAUAGACAAAGGCCUUAACAACCCUAAUUUGUUAUAUCAGCAGACACUCCAGUUUGCCCACCACAACUAACAAUGCCUUGUUGUAUUCCUGCCUUUGAUGUGGAUGAAAAAAAGGGAAAACAAAUAUUUGACUUAAACUUUGUCACUUCUGCUGUACAGACAUCGAGAGUUUCUAUGGAUUCACUUCUAUUUAUUUAUUAUUAUUACUGUUCUUAUUGUUUUUGGAUGGCUUAAGCCUGUGUAUGAAACAGGAAAACUUGUGUUUAAUCUGGGAAGCCUUUAUCUAUGGGAGAUUAAAACCAGAGAGAAAGAAGAUUUAUUAUAAACCAUAGUAUGGGAGGAACAAAGACAACCAUUGGGAUCAGCUGGCGUCAGUCCCUACUUAGGAAAAACCCAGCGACUGUUAGCUGGGAGGAAUGUAUUCGGCACCUUCCCCUGAGGAGCUUUCUGAGGAGUAAAAAGACUGUUGAACUCUGUGCCAUGGACUAUUCUUUUCCCAUCACCAGAAACACUAGGGUGUAGUCCAGAGAAAAGAUGGCUUCCAUGAGACGCAAGAUGGCACGUCACACACCCGGACAGUCUUGUCUUUGCAGGUCUCGGUGAUAGCACUGGUUUGUCUUUCCAGGUGUUGUCCACUGAACCUUUGUCGAGUUUAGCUGAAAAUGGGUGAAUUCUUGUCCAGAGAUCGUUUCAGGGUCAGGUGGGAAAGCCAAAGACUUGGAAAAGAUAGGACAAGCUAUAAAUUCGGAGGCAUUAUAUUGAACUUUUCAGAUAGCUGUUCCCUCUGACCCCUCCCCUCCACCCCACCUGUCCUUUAAACUGUGCAAGCAAAAUUGUGCAUGGUCUUCGUCAAUUAAUACCUUGUGUGCAGAAACUACCGCUCCAGACGUCGUGCCCCUGAUAUGUAGAGCAGAUCCAUAAAAGGAAUAACUUAUAUAAUUAGGGGAAGCUAAUGGAGUUCAUUAGCUGAGUAUAAAUGUCUCUGGGUCGUAUGGUGGCGUUGGGUUUUAGCGAAUAUGGACCCUGAAGCCUGGAUGUCCUCAUCCACGUCAAACGGACUGUGGGACUGUGGGAAGGGCAGACUCAGUCCCCGAGGAAAAAGAAACCUCACCCUGGGGGCAUCACAUACAUUGAUGUUCAGUGUGCACAGGCCAAGACCCUGCUCUGGGCUCUGGUUGGGAGAGAGGUUUCAUUCCCAGUGUACUCCAUUGUCAGUAUGCUGUUUUGUUUUUUUCCACUCCGUUAAAAGAAGUAAAACUUAAAAAAAAAUCAGGCACAGCAUGCCAAUGGGAAGCUAUGCCCAGACCGAGCUUUGGAGGUGUGCUUCUGGGUAUAGUCGUGGGUUUUGUGAAAAGAGGUUGUAAAUUUAAAUAGAAAUUUACAGUUAUUUGGAUGAUCGGUUUUACCAAGGAAGAAAAAUAUUUCUGUUCCUCAAGAAAACUUGCUACCCUCUGUGAGGGGAAUUUUGCUAAUUUGACAUCUUUAUAACACAAGACAGAUUGAAAGUGAGUGAUUUUAAUUCAUCUUAGGACAUUUUAUUUCGUAUUUGUUUCUGAAGGUGCAAUUGCUCUGUUUCGGUUUUGCUUGCGCCCUUAAUUCCUGGAGCACCUUAUUUUCCAUUUAUAGGCUUUGAGAGCCCGUUCUCAAAAAUACAAGUGUCGAUUAACAGAGAACAAAAGGAAACCGAGUAGCAUCAGCAGUCAAGUGGAGGGGGUUGAACAAGAUGAACCCUACAGUCCCUUCAGGUUCUGCACUGGCCUAUGAGACACAGGAGUUGAGUUGAUUGUUCUCUUUGUCGGUGAAAAAAAAAAAAAAAAACCCUCCAGAAUA